UGACGUUUCUCACGUUAAAUACGAACGACCAAGCCAGGAAGAUCCGAAGAAGAAACACUACUGUUGAAGGGCAGAUUGGAAUCGUUCCAGCCUGUGAAGAAUGGUUCUUCAGAAAGAGACAUGGCUCAACAAGACGCAUCUGUACGCCGCAAUGACCACAACGCUCAUUGGAAUCAGGAAUUUCAUCUGGAGUCCUUACUUCAUGUAUGUCCACGGCGCAAUUCCUUUCGUCCUGUGCUACCUGCUGGUGAUGGCGAUUAUUUCGUUCCCCGUCUUGUACGUGGAAGCCAUGCUCUCUCAAUUCACACACAGUGGGAACCGAGGCGUUUUCAAUUGCUGCCCCCUCUUCAGAGGCGUUAGCUAUUCCAUGGCCUUCUUUACUGUCAUGGUGAACAUCCCUCUGUACACAACCGUGUCAACCGCCUUGCUUUACUUUCUGCGCUCUCUGGAGGAAGUCCCGCCUUGGGCAACAUGCACCGGUUCUUGGGUUAGGGACACAAAUAGUUGCUACGUGCCUAAGCAAGGAGCGGUCUCCUGCGAAAUUGUGGGACGAGUGUUAGCCCGAGCGUAUUGCGAUCAGAAUGAACAAGAUGGCUACCCUGUCCUGUAUCGCAACAAGAUCAUCAUGGUUCCUGCGGACGUCUUCAACAACCACAGCAAGGAUUGCAUUUCAGGAAAUUCAUCAUCCGUGUACAUCUUCUUUAAUGACGCCGUAUUGAACAUCGGAACAGGUAUCUACGACAUUUUCGGCCUUGAAGUCAACCUGGUCUUCGUCUCAGCCGUCCUGUUCCUGUUAAUAUUCGCUCUCCUCUAUGAGGGCUUCAUUAAACUACGCUAUACGUUCUACAUCAUCUCUGUCCUGCAAUACCUGCUGCUUCUCUUGAUGUGGGGCAUCAGUAUGAGCGUCCCAACUGCUGACACUGAGGAACUGUUCGGCUGGCGGUGGGAUGUCUUCUACAACGUUGUGCUAUGGCAAGAUGUGAUUUUGUAUGCAACGUACGGCAUGGGCUUAGGAGGCUACGGUUUGAUGUACAUAACCAGCCACAACGGAUUUCAAAACAACUACCUCAGGGACAUCGUGUUUGUCUUGAGCAUCGACUUCGUAACAUCUAUCCUGUGCGGCACGGUGGUUCUGCGCAUUCUGGCUUACGACAGCGCCGUCACGGGACUCCAUUUGGACCAGAUCAUCACAUCGAAUGUUGCCGAGGAUGCGCUCUUCGUCGAUAUACCGGAAGCAAUAAUGAAUAUGAGCAGUCCAGAAUUGGUGUCCAGCGUCUAUUUCUUGCUGCUCUUCGUCAUGGGCAUCGGAACACUGUUUCUGACUACGGAAAUAGUGAUAGAGGUGAUCACGGAAGAAUACCCGCACAGCUACUUCGAUAAGCGAGGAAUUCGAGCCACGGUGACUUGCGUCUGCUACCUCGGUAAUCUGUUCUUCUUGACGCCGGCGGGGCCUUAUUUGAAUCUUAUCGUUAGGAGUUACCUAUUUUACUUCGUUGGCAGCAUCAACAUAAUACUCGAAAUGAUCGUCAUUUUCCAAUUCUACGGUCUUCAGCGCGUCUUGAUCGACGCCGAGAUGAUGCUGGACCGUCAACCCGGGAAAGUGAUUCAGAUCCUGUGGACUGCAGUCGUCCCCCUUGUGCUUGCGAUAACCCUGGUGUUUAGCAUGCUGUUGCGUCCGAGCGCACGUUUCCGGGACUACGAAUACCCGAUUGCAGCCAAGAUAAUUGCCUCUGCUCUGGUUGUCAUCAAUCUAUCCUUCAUACCGUCGUACGCGUACUCUAUCCUCUCUGCCAACGACUAUAACGUCGACAAAGUAAGACGUCAUGCCACCAGGUGGCGUCCUGCAGACCCUGCGUUUGCGCGAGAGUACAAAUCUCGUCUAGUCUCGAAGGGCCUGUUCAUACGUCAUCACCGGCGGGACAGUAAGGCGGAAGGGAAGCAGCCGACCGCGGCAAUGAGCACGGGCAUGUUCGUUCCACAGAAUGAAUGAUGCAAGAAAUCGUCUCAGCGCUGUGGGGUCAUGUGGUGGGAGCUCAGUUAUGAUUUAAAAAGGGAGGUUUUAAGUACAUUCGCGAAAGUAACGAAAAGUACGAAAAGGAACAAAAUUUGAUUUUUGAAAGAUUAACGCCAGGCGUUGAAAUAAACUAAUUUAAUGACUCCGUCGUGCACGCAACGUCGGACCAACGUAUGGUGAAACGUUAUGCCAGUAGAUAUGUUUGUAUGUUCCACCCCGUAUCUGCAUCAAGAAUGAGCUCACAAGUCUGGUCGUUGGUAACAUCUUCCUCGAUCGGUUUGCGUGUCUCCUUAAACUUUACUUUCUGAGAAAGCAUUUAGUUUUUGUGUGUGUUACUAAAUAUGGUUUGAGGGCAUACUUCGCUGUCUUCCUACUAUACAACCAUUUGCAUACGUCUGUGCGUAUACGUAGUUGCAUUCGCGUACACGCAUGAUGUCGUGACAACCGCUCGUAGUCAGGGAAUAGCGGUAGCAACAGUAAUUGGAGCGAAUAAUUUUCGUAAUUUCAUAAUUUUCAUAAGUAGUACUAAUAAAAUUCCACCGAGGUGCUCAACAGUGAAGUAUGCAUGUAAUAUGGCGGCACUGGUGGCAGAAUGUAACCUGACAUCGUAUUUAACGUCAACACCGUACGAGUACAUGUAUACCGCCUAAAAUACUCAUCCAGAAUGCUCUCGACGCCGUAGUGCUACCCAAAGCGCAUUUCUGCUACGCGAAAUAUCUCGAUCAGGUGACAGAUGCUAUAAACUGCCAACAUAUGUCUCCAUUAUAUCUCCAUUAUAUCACCCAGACUGUGUGCAAACAGACGGUAGUAGCACUCAGCAGUCACAUCACACACUACUGCCUCCGUUACGUAUCAGGAAGGCAUACCUUCCGCGUGCAGUGCAGACUGGAUAGAACCGGUUUCAACGGGUUCCACAUGCAUGCAUCCGUUCGCCUAUCAAGCCAACCCACACACACAGAGAGACCGACUCCUCCAAACCAACCCUCCGGGAAAAGCAAGCAACCCUCCGGAAGGGCGACACCAAAAUACCAUCGCUGCACAAGUGACACACGAGACCUGCGUUUUGAGAUUCGCUGACGUAAAUAGCAAUUCUAGACUAUCCCGCCGCUGUUGCGCAUAUGCCGAAUUCGUCCUCUUUUUACAGAACGAUAUUAUGAUACUAGCAAACACAACAAUCAAAUGAGUACUAUUUCAAUAGAAAAUCAAACCAAAUUCGAGAAAGAGGAUGCACAAUGUUUAAUUAGUUCAUUAUUUUUUACGAUAAGCUAUUAAUGAAGUAGAUGUUCACACGUGUUAUAUUUGGGAGAAAAAUGUCAUAUGAAAUAAACUUUCACGUACAA